AUGGGUGACCAAAAUAAAGUAUUAUCCCGUCCCAUUUUCCGCCGAGAUGUGAGCUGGGAUAAUUUCCCAAACUGGACACAGCCGAGCCGCAUCUUUGCGCAGGAUUUUGGCCUCCCACCUUUCUUGGAGCCUAGUGAUCUGGACUGGUUAGACUGGGCAAAGAGGAGGCUGGCAUCUUUCUCCUGGCCAGGGUACACACAGACUCCCAUUCUGCCACCACUCAGGGGUCAGCACCCUGCAGCGUUAGACCAAAGGGGUCUGAGACAACUGGCAAGCGGGGUGUCAGAGAUCAGAACAGGGAACGACAGCUGGAAGAUUAACUUGGACGUCAAUCACUUCUCACCUGAGGAGAUUACAAUCACAACCAAGGAGGGUUAUUUGCAAAUAGCAGGAAAUCAUGAAGAAAGGCAGGAUGAGCAUGGAUUGGUUUCAAGGUGCUUCACCCGGAAAUACAAGCUGCCAGAGGGGGUGGACUUACAGCAUAUCAGCUCCUCGCUGUCUGGUGAUGGAGUCCUGUCUGUAGAGGCUCCCGUCCCCGGGACAUCCAUCAGCGACCCAGCCAAUGAGAUGGUCAUACCUGUUCAGAUGAAAGAGAAGCAGGAUGGUGAAAAGUGA